AUGAAGUUCGUCACUCUGCUUGUGCUCCCCUUCGCGGCUGCUCUCGCUAGCACUGUACCCUUCAAGGGCUGCAAGCAAAAGGUGAAAGAGAGCAUCCACGGUCCGCCCCACGGGUGGUACAAGCAUGCUCCUGCACCAAAGCACCACAUGCUUGAGCUCAAGAUUGCUCUUCCCCAGCCCAAGUUCCCGGAACUUGAGCAGCACCUUUGGGAAGUAAGUGAUCCAAGCCACGCACGUUACGGGGCGUACUUGUCGAAGCAGGAGACCGAAGCACUCAUGGCUCCCCACCCUGAGACUCUGGACAUUGUCAGCGAAUGGUUGGCCUUACACGGUCUGGCAGAAGAAGAUGUUGUCCGUUCAUCUGCACGCGAUUGGGUUACUAUUCGUGUCCCGGUCGGUCUCGCAGAAGAGAUGCUGGAUACUACUUACCAUGUUUACGAGCAUGCUGAGACCGGAGAGAGCAUCGUCCGGACUACGAGCUACAGUCUCCCUGACAUCUUGCACCGUCAUGCUGAUCUUAUUCAGCCUACGACUAUGUUCGCUCGUUUCAAGGCGUUUAAGAGUACACUGCACUGGGCCAACCAGGCGCAAUCUGCGGUCUCAUACCCGCCGGGCGAAACAAUCACAGGGCCUGCAGGCAAUCCCGUCGAUGCGAGCUGCAACUCCACGAUCACCCUUUCUUGCUUGAGGCAGUUGUAUAAUGCAGAGGACUAUACAACAACUGCCACGAACUGCAACAAACUGGGUAUCACCGGUUAUCUUGCCCAGUAUGCCAACAAUAAGGACCUUCAGCAAUUCUACCAGGCCCAAAAUCCUUCUGCCUACGGUUCAAAUUACACUUUGGUUUCCAUUCAUGGCGGAAAGAACAAUCAGAGUUAUGCGGCAGCAGGUGGAGAAGCCAACCUUGACACUCAGUUUGGUUUUGGACUCGUAUGGCCCACUCCCGGAACGUUCUACACGACUGGUGGCGAGCCCCCUUUCAUCCCCUCCCUGGCGUCGCCGAAUAAUACAAAUGAACCAUACACACACUGGCUUGACUACUUACUUUCACAGGAUGAUAUACCCCAGACAAUCUCUACCAGUUACGGUGAUGAUGAGCAAACUGUCCCGUACACCUACGCGGUCCGCGUUUGCGCUGGCAUGGCGUCUCUCGGUGCUCGUGGGGUCUCUUUGUUGUUCUCCUCUGGUGAUGGUGGUGUUGGUGUUGGUAAUGGCAACCCUGCCAGUGGUCAGAAAUGUAAAUCCAAUGAUGGGCGCAACGUUACAAAAUUCCUGCCGAUGUUCCCCGCUUCCUGCCCAUACGUGACUGCCGUUGGUGGUACUACCAACAUCCCAGAGACUGCAGCGCCCUUCUCUAGUGGCGGAUUCAGCAACUAUUUUGCUCGUCCUGCGUACCAGGAGUCUGCUGUCUCUGCGUACUUAGCAAUGCUUGCCCCCGGCACCUACGAAGGUCUCUAUAACUGCACCGGACGUGCAUUUCCUGACGUGGCAGCACAAUCGGAAAACUUCUCUAUCAUUUAUAGAGGCCAGGCGAGUCCGAUCGGUGGUACAUCCUGUGCUUCGCCCGCCUUUGCCGCAUUUGUGUCCAUGCUGAACGACGCACGCAUCAAUGCUCAAAAGGCUCCUCUUGGCUUUUUGAAUCCAUUUUUAUAUUCCACUGGCUAUAAUGCAUUAAACGAUAUCACCGAUGGGAGCAACCCUGGAUGUGGGACUCCAGGCUUCAAUGCCACUGUUGGAUGGGAUCCUGUCACUGGAUACGGCACACCUAACUUCGAGAAAUUGAAGGCCUUGGUCUUGGCCAUGCCUUAA